AUGUCUCUUGAAAUUUUAUCGCUAGAAGGUCUUCGAAAUGACGGUCGAAGAUGGAACGAAAUGAGAAAUUUCUAUUGCCGGACUGGCGUGGAGCCUUCUGAGAAUGGCUCUUCUUUUAUUCAAUAUGGCAACACACGAGUGCUGUGUAUUAUAGACGGACCUUCGGAGCCGACGAUCAAAUCGAAAUCGAGAGCGGAUCGAGCCUUUGUAAAUGUAGAUAUUAGCAUUGCACCUUUUAGCACAAUUGAUCGGAAACGACGGUUCAAAUCGGAUCGACGGAUUCAAUUGCAAUGUCUGGCAUUACAGAGGACAUUUGAACAAGUGGUUCAAGUGGAGCUAUAUCCGAAAAGUCAAAUAUCCAUUUGCUUGCAUGUGCUGCAUGAUGAUGGUGCUGUGGUUGCUACAUGCAUGAACGCUGCUACGUUGGCACUUAUGGAUGCUGGAAUUCCCAUGACGGAUUAUGUUUGCUGUUGUACAUCCGGGAUUGUUGACUCUGACAUUCUUUUGGAUUUGAAUUCUUUGGAAGAAUCCGAUUUGUCUUGGAUGACGGUUGCAGUUAUGGGAACCAAAAACAAAGUUACUUAUAUGCAGCUCGAGACGAAAAUGCAUCUUGACUACUUGGACUCUGUCAUGAAUGUGGCCAUUGCAGGAGCGGAACAAAUUUAUUACAUGAUGCAGAAUGCCAUUCGACAAAGUGCCAAACCGUAUUUGGCAAAGCUUGUAUAA